CUCGCUAUCAAGCCAUCUUAUAGAAUUACGAGUUAGUAUCGUGCAGAAUCGCGCAACGAAUAUGUUGCGAAUGCAGACUGUUCACGGAGCAUGAGACACGUAGAUUGGUUCAGCUUCAACCUGUGACGAGACCAGUCGAAAGAAAAGCAGACAGCAAGAAAAAAAAGGCAGAAGAGAGAAGUGAACUAACAUGAAUUUUUGUUGCCCGAUAUCCAACACCGUUGUGGUACCAGAUGGAGAACAUGGAAUAACAUGCGCUGGCAACUCGAGUGAUUAAAAAUGUUUCCCGUCCGUCCCGGCGGUUUCCGGCGCUGGUGGGACGACGGCCUUUCUUCCGGUGGAGGUCACGAAAUAGAACCGCAAACGGUAUCCUCCCAGCAAAGAUGAAGUUCAAUCCACUCGUCUCUUCGUCGCGCAGAAAAAAUCGAAAGAGGCACUUUACAGCGCCUUCUCAUAUUCGUAGAAGGCUUAUGUCAGCUCCUCUUUCAAAAGAACUUCGACAAAAAUACAAUGUUCGAACUAUGCCUAUUCGAAAGGAUGACGAAGUACAGGUUGUACGUGGUCACUACAAAGGUCAACAGGUGGGCAAGGUUGUCCAAGUGUAUAGGAAAAAGUUUGUUAUAUACAUAGAAAGAAUUCAACGAGAAAAGGCUAAUAGUGCUAAUGUAUAUGUUGGUAUUGAUCCAUCCAAGACAGUUAUUGUAAAGUUAAAGAUGGAUAAAGAUCGCAAGAAGAUCAUAGAUAGAAGGAGUAAAGGCAGACUUGCAGCGCAGGGCAAGGAUAAGGGAAAAUAUACAGAGGAUUCGACUGCCGCCAUGGAAACUUCGUAAACUUAAGCUAUACUUCGUUUAUAUGUUCGAAAAUAAAAAUAUUAAAAUUGGAA